AUGGGGAUGGACACCCGUGUAUUGGACAAGAUGGCCAUCGCCAUCGAAGUGGUGGAGUCGAGCGACCGGCCCCCCGCGAACUGCGGUUGCAGGCGCCUCGUGGGCAGCUCCAAGGUGUCGGACGCCGCCGUUGUCCUUCUCCUAUGCGUCGCCGUCUCCCUGUCGAUUGCUCCCCUGCUGGGGCGCUCCGACGGGUGGGGGUACUGGCGCAAGGAGCACCUCAUGUUGCACCAGAGCCCCUAUGUCGGCCUCCUGAAACUGGCGAUCAUGAAGAACGAGCACUCCAAAGUCGACCCGGCGAAAGUGGACGAGCUGGACAGAUACCUUCCCAAAGUGCCCUUCUCGCUUGUCGUAACGCAGGGCUGGCAGAACAGCUUCGUCCGCAUUUGGGUUCACACAGACGAAGAAAGCAAAUUGAGCAAAUUCUACCAGUCCGUGGCCCUUUCGUUGGUACACGAAUCCCAGAAAUCGAACCUGAUAGACGUUUUCGAGAAGGGCCAGACGUCCUUAUACACAUAUUAUGAGGAUGAAAAGGUGGCGGGGCGAUUCAUGGGCGCCGUCAUUGUGAUCGUGUGCGGAGUAUCGACGACCCUGGCGGCGGCCGUCCUCUUCGUGUGGUUCAUGAAGGGCAUAGAUGUGCAGCUGGUUGGGUGGCUUGCCAGGAGCUGGAUUGCAGCGUUUCUCAUGUACUUUGCCUCUGUCCUGGAGUACACAGUACUUUGCAUUGGGGCGCACAGAGAAAUGAAGACGGGGCCAUUGCUCGAGAAGGGGUAUCUGACCCGGCCAGGGUGGGCCUUUUGGGUUACUGUCGGUGCCGCCACGUGCUGGUUGAUGGUGGCGGCCCUCGUGCACAUGUACAAGCACCACUUCAUGGUGGAAUUCACUCCCAAGCCCGAGAGCGACGUCAUGUCAGCGAGCGACUACAAAAAGAAGGCGGUGCGAAGGGCGAUCACGGCCAAGAGCAGUUGGAACAUACCCGUAAACUAUGACGUCACUGAGGCCGAGUACGCUGACGGAGCGGCUUGA